AGAGGGUGUUUCCGCGGUACCGGCGUCCGUCUGCGCCGGGGGCGCCUCGCCCUGUCCCCUUCGGCCGGGAGACGGGGCCGGGGAGUGGGAGCGCCCCUCAGCCCCGGGGCUUUAUGGCGCUCUUGCCCCCGCGGCCACGGGCGUGCGGGGGGCGGUCGGGUUCCCAGGCAGGCUGGGGGCAGCGUUUCUCCGCGCCCGGCGGAGCCGGGAGGCUGGCGGGGCCCUCCCGUGGGUCGGUACCGUGAGCGCCGGCCCGAGCCGCCAUCGCGGGCGACGGAGGGAGGAGGGGCCGGGGGAGGUCAGGGCCUCCCGCCGUGCUCCCUCCCCCACACCGCUUCGGGUGUCCGGUGUGCCGCCGGCCCGCGGCGGCUGUGAGAGGAACGGCGCCGUUGGUGCCUGUCCUCUGUAAUUAGCAUGCCGUUUUGAGCUCGCAGCUGUAUGACUUCCUUGGUGUCUCUUGUAGCUUGCGGCAAGACGCUAAUCUGGAAGGCUUCGGUUGGGCUGGAAAGGGCUCGCUGGGUUUUAGAAAUGUCCGUUCUUCCUUACCUGUCAGUUCCCCACCGAAUGUGCAGAGUAUCUUUCAGCCUUGUUGCAGAUAGUAAAGCGUCUGUCUGCAGGAGUUGAGGUUAUAAAUGCAUUUGUAGCGUUUUACAGAACAGCAAACUUCUGUAUUGCUAGAGUUACUUUAAUGGAUGAAUUACUCUAGGAACUAUUUCACCGGGGAUAUCUUAAAAGAGAUGUUCUGUUUCUCUUCCAUUUUAGGAUAAAAUCCUAUUUCCCAGGGCCAAGAGUUAGUUAGGAUUAUUUCUAAGAACCCUGUGUACGGAUCUGUGAACAGCAUGUGUCUUGUAGGAGCAGUCAUGGUGAAUUUCGCCCAAGCUGUGCGUGAUCACUGGGUUCACAUCCUUGUUCCCUUAGGAUUUGUGAUUGGAUGCUAUUUGGACAGAAGGAAUGAUGAAAAACUGUCUGCCUUCAGAAACAAGAGCUUACUAUAUAGAAGAGAGUUGAAGCCUGGUGAAGAAGUUACAUGGAAAUAAAGGCUGCUGAUGAAAUGGAAAAUAUUUUCGUUUGAUUCCUCAUCAUAUCUCACACGUUGAAAGACUAGGAUUAUGGUUGUUAUCUUGAGAGAAUAUGUAAAGCUACAGAAAAGGACACCUGCAAUUCAUCAGUGCUAGUUUAAUUUCCAAUCUU